CACACUUGACGCCGGUGAACGCUGCUGGGUGGAGCUCAACGUUUGCAGCCGGGCACAGGUUUCAACUGCGUGCGACCCUCGUGUAUAAAGGCAGCGGGUCAUUCGGUGCAGGAGAGCGUCCAAAACCAAGCUAGCCAUGCCGAUCAUGUCGAUAUGCCGCACGCCCGACUCGGACGGGUGGGAAGAGCUGCAGGACAUGAGCUUCAUCCAGCCCUACCUGGACAAGAUGAACGGGUCCGGCCACGGCACUAAUGGGUCUGCUGGGACGCCGGACGAUGAGCGAGCCUGGACCAUCGGCGUCAUCAACUCGCGUGCCAAGUAUCUCACUGCGGAAACGUUCGGAUACAAGAUCAACGCCAACGGCGUUUCCUUGAAGAAAAAGCAGCUGUGGACGCUGCAGCCGACCGGACAGCGCGACCACGUGAGCCUGCGCUCCCACCUCGGCAAAUACCUGGCCGUCGACAGCUUCGGCAACGUCACGUGCGAGGCCGACGAGCUGGAGCCGGGCGCCGUGUUCGAGAUCGCCGUGGCCGACGACGGCAGUGGCCGCUGGGCCUUUAAGAACGUGGAGCGGAAGUACUUCUUGGGCGCCGGCGGCGAUAAGCUCCUGUGCAACGCCAAGACACCCUCAGACGGAGAGCUUUGGUACAUUCACCUGGCAGCUCGGCCCCAGGUCAACGUGUACAGCGUGGGACGCAAGCGGUUCGCGCACCUCUCCGAGUCCCUGGAGGAGAUCCACGUGGACGCCAACAUCCCCUGGGGCGAGGAUACGCUCUUCACGCUCGAGUUCCGCGACAACCACUACGCCGUGCACACGUGCAACAACCUAUACCUGCACCGCGAUGGGCGACUGCAGAGCUCCUGCUCCGAGGACUGUCUCUUCGCCAUCGAGUACCACAACGGCAGCCUGGCGCUGCGUGACCGCUCAGGCCGCUACCUUUCUCCCAUCGGCUCCAAGGCCCUACUUAAGACACGUGCCCAGGCAGUGACUAAGGACGAGCUGUUCUCGCUGGAGAACUCUCUGCCCCAGGCCUGUUUCGGCGCCGUGCUCAACGACCGCUACGUCAGCGUCAAACAAGGCGUUGACGUGACGGCCAAUCAGGAGGAGGUGGGAGAGCACGAGCGCUUCCUGAUGGAGUACGACCUGGCCACGCGACGCUGGUACAUCCGCACCAUGCACGACAAGUACUGGACGCUCGAGCGCUGA